AUGAAAUGCUGGAUUUGGAUACUAAGCCUUUUGCUGCUUCUGACCCAGACUGGGGCCCAGCCUGAGGCUAGCAGGAACAGGACUGAAUCCCCUGCCUUCAAUGUGACUGGAGAAAGACCUGUGGAACAAGAAAAUAUAGAACCCAGAGUGUUCACUGAAGAUGGCCAGCUUUGCAGUUUUCCUUUCCGCUAUGGUGGGAGGAUGCACCAUUCUUGCACCUCUAAUGUCAGGUCCCUGAAGAAAUGGUGCGCAACCACACACAAUUAUGAUCGGGACCGGAGGUGGGGCUAUUGCAUCAUGGCACCCAAAGAGAACUCAAGUAAAUCGAAAUGCUUUGAUGAAACCCGUUAUGAGUACUUUGACAUAGAUGAAAGUUGGGCUCGAAUCCAUCAAGGGGUCGUAGAAUGGUGCAGUUGUUCCAGGGGCCACAUUGACUGUGAGACGAUCCGAUACACAGCCUGCGUGAAUAACCCAUGCCUCCAUGACAGUGUCUGUAGGAUGAUUGUCUCCACUGGGAAGACCAUCUGUGCUUGCCAAGGAAUCAAUGUAGGGAAAUACUGCAACAUUGUUCCUAGGGAGAACUGUUACUUCGGCAAUGGCACAGAAUAUCGGGGCAUUGCCAAGAAGACCAUCUCAGGUCAGAGCUGUUUGCCCUGGAAUUCAGAUGUGCUGUAUCAGGAGCUCCAUGUAGACAGUGUGGAGAAGGCUGUACACCUGGGGCUGGGUCCUCACUCCUACUGCAGAAAUCCCGACAGUGAUGAGAGGCCCUGGUGUUACAUCAUGAAGGACAACACUCUUUCCUGGGAAUACUGCAACAUCUCAGCCUGUGUGAACCAUCCCAGGAGUGGGGCAAAUCCCAAUAUGGAACUUUUGACGAUUGCCCCGGUUCCUGUGCCCAACAGACGGGGCUGUGGGAAGAGGCACAAGAAGAGGACAUUCCUGAGGCCUCGAAUUAUUGGAGGCUCAUCCUCCUUGCCGGGAUCCCACCCAUGGAUGGCAGCCUUGUACAUUGGGGACAACUUCUGUGCUGGCAGCCUCAUCCAUUCCUGCUGGGUUGUAACAGCUGCCCAUUGUUUCUCCAAUAGCCCACCCAAGUCAAGUGUCACAGUUGUCCUUGGCCAGCAUUUCUUCAAUACAUCCACAGAUGUGACACAAUCCUUUGAAAUUGAGAAAUAUAUCCAGUAUCCACUGUACUCUGUCUUCAACCCCAGCAAUCAUGACCUUGCUCUGAUUAGGCUGAAGAAGAAGGGGGACCGAUGUGCUGUGAAGUCCCAGUUUGUCCAGCCCAUCUGCCUCCCAGAGAAUGGCAUCACCUUUCCUGAUAACCACAAAUGCCAGAUUGCGGGAUGGGGACACAUGUAUGAGAAUGUCACAGGUUACUCCAGUUACUUACGAGAAGCAUUGGUUCCUCUCGUUCCUGAUCACAAAUGUAGCAGCCCUGAGAUCUAUGGUGCAGACAUCACCGCCAACAUGUUCUGUGCUGGUUACUUUGACUGCAAAUCAGAUGCCUGCCAGCCUGAAUAUUCUAAGUGUAUCUCUACAGUGGAACACAAGUUCCUUGAGGACUUACAAAUUUUGCUUUGUAUCACCAGUAUUCAGCACUAUGCCUCGGACAUAGUAGGGGCUUUAGCGCUUAUUGAACGGAAUUAG